UUGUUUCUAUUCUGCUGUACUUUAACACUCCGCCCACCCGUCUUUGUUGGUGCUUAAGCGCAAAACGCUCGGACCUUCUGACACAUGCGUCAACAUAAUGUGACGUACUUUCUUCGCAUUUCAGCACCGUGAUGCUAACGCUAAGCUAAAGGCAGGAGGUGUGUGUCGUAGAUCGGUGUUUGAUAUCUUAUCUUAGUCCUGGCCCACGUGGAAGACGUCGUUCCAAUUGUCUCGUAUUUGUCUGGGAUGUACGGAUGGAUAGUUGACGGAAUCUCGUCGCUGUUUGAACCCGUCACGCGACAAAAUUCCACGCAGCGUCCCGGGAAAGGUAACGUUAGCAAAGAGAUAACCGCCGCAGCACAACGGCACGAGAACCACGGCAGACCGGCUAAAAGGAACUACCAGAGUGUUGAUGUUGUAGACGGUGUUUGCCAGAGUGAUCUGAUAGAAGCGAAGAGACGCAAGCGAGAUGUAGUCAUCAAUUUUGUGAGGAAGACUGUGGCCGGGGUAGCAAGUCUGCUCAGGCUGCAGAACCCCCUGAAGACCAGGUGUGAGAAGCCCAAACAUUAUGAAGAGCCUGUCACACUGAUGGGGAUUGAUGAGCUCCACACCUCAUGGCUGAACAGUACUGAGUGGAGGAUGGAUAUACCAGUGGGUGGAGUGAAUGAAAGGGGUGGGAAGAAUCCUUUUCAGAGCUUUUCACCUCCUCUAAUGAGGAAAUACAGUGGGACAGCGUUAUCUGCAGGGCUCCCAGACAGAGGGAAGGACGGGGAGAGGAGAGGCUCUUUCCAGCUGCUGGCCUCGAGGUCCGCUCUAAGAGUCGGAGCUACUAACCCUGACCCAACCUGCAAUGGCUUUGGACACAACCGCUGUUACAAGCCCAGUCUUACUGUAGAAGAGGCCAUAAAGCAGACUAAUAAGGAGCACUACAGGCGCUUGCUGGAGAUGGUGACAGAAAAAUACAGCAAAAGUCAACCACUACCUUUCAACCAAACAAAGCCCCAAGAUGAGUCACUGUUACAGAGUGGUCACAAAACUGCUUCUGGAAAAACCUUUGAAUCAAUGCCCAGGAAGGCAGGAUGCACAGCUGCCUCGAACUUGUUUACAUGGAGAAAUACAUCUGCAGCCAAGGACAGGAGGGGUGGCUUUACUUUCAGUAAGUCACUGGGUGGCAGCUUUGAGGACACACAACCUGUUAGAAGUGCAAAGAAACAGGCAGCAGAGUGGGACCUAUCUACAGAAGUAGCUACUCGCCUUAAUCUAGUGGACAGAGAGACUUCUGCCGUCAGCCUGCCUGAAACACACACUGCACACACAAGGCACAGCGAUGAGGACAUACCCAGACUGACCAAGGAAAUGGCAGCAGAGGUGAGCAGUGCUCUGGCUCAUAAUGAUCCCAACAUUGUUCUAAGUGCAGCAUUCAAACUUCGCAUAACACAGAGAGACCUGGCCACACUGCAGGAAGGCAGCUGGCUCAAUGAUGAGGUGAUGAACUUCUACCUGUCCCUGGUCAUGGAGCGGAGUUCUCGUGAAGCAGCAGGAUUAAAAGUCUACUCGUUUAGCACCUUCUUCUUCCCUAAGCUGCGAGGUGGAGGUGGCGGACAGGCCAGUGGACAUUCCGCUGUGAAGCGCUGGACCAAGGCUGUUGACCUCUUUGCCUAUGACCUCAUCUUGGUCCCUCUGCAUCUGGGCGUCCACUGGGCCUUGGCUGUCAUAGAUUUUAACUCAAAGACAGUGAGGUCAUAUGACUCGAUGGGUCAGAGGCAUGAUGACAUCUGUAGUCUUUUACUACUGUACAUUAAAGAGGAGCACAAAGUAAAGAAAGGCAGAGAGCUUGACUACACCAAAUGGACUGUUGGAAGCACGAGGGCAACUGAGAUUCCUCAGCAGAAAAAUGGCAGUGACUGUGGUGUUUUUGCUUGUAAAUAUGCUGACUAUAUCGCAAAAGGAAGGCCUCUCACCUUCAAACAGUGCCACAUGCCCCUCUUCAGGAAAUUAAUGAUGUGGGAAAUCCUCACGCAGAAGCUGCUAUAGAGUAGAGAAACAGUCUCCUGUCUAUUAACCACCUAACAAUAGAGACAUUAGGAGCAACAUCUGUGUACAGUGAUGACACUGCCAAGAAAAAAAGAAGUAUAAAUGGGCCAAAGAAGUGGACUUGACUGAGCAAAAUCAAACCAAGUCUAGCUGUUCUGGUCUGGAGAAAUCAAACACUAUAUUUGUGUCCCUUUUCCUGUUAGGGAUAUAAUAAUGCUAUGUAAUCUCUGAGUUGUAAUUGGGGACAUUAUUGGGAUGUAUAAGUGUAUGUCUUAUACAAGCCGUACCACUACUGAAUGAAUUACUUUUGUAUUGACUCUGGAUUGUUAGUUUUACUGUCUGAAGUUCUGCCUGAAGUGCCUUCUGCCCUCUGACACUGAUCCCAACUUAUAAGUAUGUUUUUUUUUU